AUGGCUUGGAGAUGUGUUCACAAAGUUGUGAAUGCAUUAUAUUUACAUCUUCAUACAUUUAUUACAUGGCCAGACAGAGCAAGAGCAGAAAAUAUUUGGACACAUGUUAAAAACAAAUACAAAUUUCCAAAAGUGAUAGGAGCGAUAGACGGUACUCAAAAAAUUGCAGCACCGAAAUUACAUCCAGAAGCUUACAUAAAUAGAAAAGGCUAUCACUCUAUACAGACACAGAUAAUAUUUGAUAAUGAAUUAAAAAUCACUCAUGUUUAUGCAGGACAAGUAGGGUCAGUGCAUGACAUGAGAGUUUUUAGAUUAUCUGGCUUUGAAGACAUGUGUACCGCAGAAAACUUCCCAGAGAAUAGCCAUUUAUUAGGUGAUGCCGCAUAUGGCAUCCAAAAAUAUAUAAUGGUUCCGUUUAAAGAUAAUGGACAUUUAACAGAUGCACAAGUAAAAUAUAAUACUUGUUUGUCUGAAGCGCGAAUGAUGGUAGAAAGAACAAUAGGCUUGUUAAAAGGAAGAUUUCGAAGUCUUUUGGAUAUAUUACCUAUGAGAAGAACUGAUUUGAUACCUAAAUAUAUUUGUGCUUGUUGUGUUUUACAUAAUAUUUGCUUAAUACGAAAUGAUUACAUUGAUGAUAUUCCAAUUAUUGUACAGCCAAAUGAACCUGUACAAUAUGAAAUCGAAAAUAUACCUCAAAUUAUACGAGAAGAAGGUAUUGAGAAACGUAACGCUAUUGUAUAUUAUUUGCAAAAUGAAAAUUAUUUUGAAUAA